GGUUCGUUGCAGCAAGCAGCAUGCAGACACUGCGCAAUCAUGUCAUUUUUUCAAGCAUCGUUUAUGUAUUUGCGACCCUCUGAGAUACGAAACAAAGGGCGCUUUUAGCAAAACGCCAGUGAAGUCAGUGCCUUUUCUACUGUAAAUGCAACCUACAGAUUUAAUGUGAUUAUUAUACAAGGAAAUACUCCUAACUGGUCAAUUUUAAGUUUAUUUAUUUAAUUAAUUUUUUUUAAUGUAGUGGAUGUUGCACAUUCACCACAUUUUGUGAUGAAGUGAUGCCAGAGGUAUAUUUAUAGCUCGCCGCAUCAAUGCACACAACUUGCCUCUUAAGCGUUUACUUUAUUUCAUAAAGUGGCCUGGCAUUGUAUGCUAGGAGCUGGGCAUGGACAGAUUUGCAUCAAGGUGUCCCGAGCUCAAUCGGCUAGCUUGAAGAAUUCCUUAAGAGACUUUAAACUAAAACACUGAAAUUACAGCAAUGGAGAGACUUGUGCCGGUUCUUUUCGUCUUAGCAGUGGAAGAACAGCUAGCUCUCAGGAAUGCUGUCAGCGUUUGAAUCAUAUACAGCCAUCCUUUGGAAGCAGACUGUAGAAUCCGAUCCUGUCAGGAGGUUCUUUAUUGUUACUUCUGGGUGCCUCUGAAGAGCCCACCAGAGGAUUGUUUACAGCCAGUCCGGUCAGCACACAAUGGAUGUCUCCCCAACUAGAGCCCCUGGACUCUUCAGAGCAGGCCGAGCUUGCACCUCCUGAGCCGGCUGGCCCUGGCAUUCCUGAUUUCCUGACUGCCUCCCAGGAGUCGGGCUUCUCCAGCGACGAGAACGAGGGGAUACAGUUGAACUACUUCUCAGACGAUCUGAAUGACAUCGUCUUGGAUACAGGAUCUCCAGAAGUAGGUUACCAUCCUGCUCCUUUACAACCGUCAUCUUCACCAGACAGGACAGCAAGCGAUGGGGAUUCCUCUCUCUCUCUCUCCUCAUCUGAGCCCCUCAAACCAAGUCUGACCAACACCCCCAUCCCAGAGCUGUGGGAAGAGCAAGGAGAAACGGCUUCAAACCAGUCGGAACCUGUGCAUUCUAGUUUGCCCAUGGCACCAAGCUCUUCCCCCAAGUCGACUGAUCAAAGAGACACACACCUGGUUACAGUGACAGAGGAAGACUGGCACGCCACAUUGCUUGCUGAAAUGACAACAUUCCCAGAUGCUGAAGGAUCAAGUUAUGGGCCUUUCAAAGAGCCAGGUUUGUUGUCUUUAUCGACAGCUGAGUCGGAUACUAACACAUCUCCCGAAAGACCUUCCAUGGAUUAUUCAGCAGUCAAUGAAAGUGACAUACUGCUAGACACAGUUCCCAUGGUAACCACAGUGCACGGGAGAACUGACAGCAAGACCCCUGAAAGUGGUCCUAGCACCACAGUUAUUCACUCUGCUUCUUCCACUCUAAUUCCUUGGAAUGAACCAGCAGGUUUGACGGAAAGCACAAAGCCAUAUUUCAGACAGGAAGUCACCACGGAGACUGGCAGUGUGAAAACAGAAUCGCCUCAGGGGUCUCCGCAGGUUAUCUGCACUGACUGGAGUGAUCUAACUGGGAAAGGUUAUGUUAUUCUCUACAUGACUGAAAAUAAUGACUGCGAGCUCUUCCGAGUGGAGAACGGGGACAGGCUCCUGGCCAUGCUGGAAAACGCUUUCUCCAGGAAGAUAGACAACCCCCAGGGAACCUGGUUCAUUUCUCUAAGCAAGCCCAACAGACAGGACAAGCAGUUGCUGAUGACACUGACUGGUGAACAAGGGGUGAUACCCACGAAAGACGUACUCUCCAUGCUUGGAGAAAUCAGGAAAAGCUUAUAUGACAUAGGAAUCCAGAACUACACCAGCGCUACCAGUUGCCAGUCUCGCCCCACUCAGUCUCGCAGUGACUAUGGGAAGCUCUUUGUUGUGCUGGUCAUUAUCGGAUCCAUCUGUGUGGUCAUCAUAGUGUCUGGCCUCAUCUAUAUCUGUUGGCAAAGACGUCUUCCAAAGCUGAAGAACAUGUCACACGGUGAGGAACUUCAUUUUGUGGAGAAUGGUUGCCACGACAACCCGACACUGGACGUCACCAUCGACAGCCAAUCAGAGAUGCAAGAGAAGAAGCCCAGUGUGAAUGGGGUUGUCAUGGACGGGGUGGACAACUGGCACAUCUUAAUUAACAAGACAGCAAAAGAGGAAGGGGACAAUUAUGAAGAAGACACUCAUCUUUAACAAAAAAAAAAAAAAAAAAAACUGUGGCAACAUGUGUCAGGUGACUUGUGCCAUUUUGAGAAAUACCUGCUAAUUCAGCUGUGAGCUUACUGUUUAAGCUUAUGCCAACAAAAAUAAUAAUAUCAGCACCAUUAGAAUAAAGCCUUGGGGAUUUACAGUUUUAAAGAAGGUUUCUGAACGUUCACAUGGAAGAUUGUUACUGUUUCUGAUAGACAUGUUUUUACCAAAGUAGAGAACAAUCCAAACAGUCUAAGAAAGAAAACAGAAAAGUGUUUAGGAAAAUGUAUUUCACUGUUAAUCUUUUAUUUCAUCUCACAAUGUGGUGUUCAACAGUUUUACUGCAUCACUUGAAAAUGAAAUUCUCUCUGUGUAUAGAGAUGAAGACCACAGGUAUUGACAUAGCGAAUGGCUUAACCCUCACAUGUAGAAUACAUACAACCACAAAUGAAAUAGUGGAGUUUUUGGUCACAUCAAAGAAUGGUUCUGAGGACAGACCAAAAACAAGCUAAACUAUCACUGUGGUUUCUGACCCAUGUUGGUGAGAUGAGAUGAGGUUAAAAGCGCUAUCACAAUGAAUGUCAAAUGAUGUUUGCCAGAGUCUCUUUUGCAUAGUGGUUAAGAUGCUUGCUUGCAGUGCACGUGGUAGCUGGUACACGCCCAGCCUCCGCCCCUGUUACAUCAUUUUAAAAAGUAUAAAUAAUGUUGAACAGGUAACAAGACUUCAGUAUAUUUAUUUUAUUUUCCAUAAUAGAAGUACGUGACAUGACAGAAACGCAAAAAAAAUUCUGGUUAAAUUAUCUCAGUCUCAAUACUGUCGCCAUACAACUUGUAAACCUGCACUGUGCUUUACUAAUGUAUUUAGUGAUGUUUAAAAGAGGGUCAAUAAAUUACCCUUGGAUGAAAACUCUAGCUUGAUUAACAUAGGCAUAAAGCCGAUGGUCGACACUGUGUUAUAUUGACUUGGCUGAAUAGAAAACAUGCAAAGGGCCAUUCAGGCUUUACUAUCGGAGCAAGGUGGCAGUUGCUGUGUUCUAAUAAUUAUAAACAGACAUUGACAGAGCAUUGAGUCUGUCGUAAUGGACCUCAUGGUAUGUAGUUCACAAUCAACUCACUUAAUAUAUUUUCAGAUCUAUUGGUUUUUGAUUAGUCUGUGUUAAGGUGCUUUCAUCUGAGUUCAGUGGCUAGUCUUCAGUUCCUGUUGCCUGCCAUAGACAUAUGUAGGCUAGACAAGCCAGCGUGUUUUUAUAUUAGUAAGUUCCAAAAAUGUAUUGCUUGACUUGUGAACUAUACUGUAGUGUGAAUGACCUAUUUCAGCUCCAUGUUAUUAUAUGGUUUUAUUCAGCCAGGUUUAAUAUCUCACAAUAUAUCUUAACACUACUGCUGGAAACACUCGCCAAUCAUUUCAUUUUUCAAAUUGCUUCCCACCCACCUCGUCUUCGUAUUCCGGUGUGUUUUUUAUAUGUACAUCAACCCAAGUUGGCGACUCAGUGAGUGUAAUAAAUUGCGUUAGAAAGGUUGCGAGGACCAGCACUGGAAUUUACAUUUACUGGAUCCAAGGACGACCCAAAGCCCCAGUGCAUUAUUUGUCAGGAGGUUUUGUCAGUUCUGUUGUCAAUUCAAUGCUUGUCUCCUUUCUAUUCCUUAAGGAUAUUAUCUUCAAGUAUUGCUCAUCCUUGUUAGACAGCUUUUUGGGUCUUCCAGUCCUGGGUUUGUCAAUUACAAAUGAUGUUUCUCUGUAUUUGUUGAUUAUGCUUCGGAUACCACACCUUGAAAAUCAAGUGAUGCGAGCUAUUUCACUCAAUGUUUUUCAAAAUAAAAAAAAACAUCUCCUUCAUUAGACAAACCAGUUGAGGUUUAAGACAAGUAUAAAAUAACAUAAAUGGUGGUGCAUUCAAACUGCAGUUGUUACACAUUAUUAAAAUAGGGUUACAAUAUAGUUAUGGAAUGUAUCACAUUAGGGAUUAGAAAUCCACAAUGAAGAAGGUAUUGAAUUGUUUACAGCAGCACUUCUACAGCUGAUUUAAUAUGUACUGCAGAACAAAAAGAAAUGUUUAUGGCACUAGCAUGACAACUCAGAACUACAAUCUGCAUGAGGCCUCAUCACCAGAAAUGCAAAGCAAUACUUCACAGAAAAUCAUGGAGAAGGCAUGGAAUACAUGCACCUGUAAAUACAGCUAAAUAAACCUUCUGUGUAAAACGA